AGAGAGAGAGAGAGAGAUCACUACUCUCUUCGGGAAAGCAGGACUGUAGUAGCACGCAUAGGCGGUGCGCUUUAAAGUGGGAAGUUUCGAAAAGGAUUCUGUAUAUAUCAGCACCUCCAUGUCGGCUCUGCUGGAUAUUUACACACCGAUGCUAUGGUUACCUUUAUUACGAUCUUACAGGUGAAUCUAGUGAUGUCCAUGUUGCUGUAUGUGUUGUUCCUAGCGUACCUCUACGGUAUCCAGGCAACGCACAUGGAGCGCCAGCAGCCCCCGCCCACCCAGGACCCCAUCAACUCCCUCAUCAUCCAGCUGCUGCAGGCGGACCUGACCCGCGGCCGGGGGAGGCAGGGUGAGGGCCAGGACAGGCAGGCCCAGGACACAUUGCCACCAUUGGGCCUGCUCGCCAUUGACACCCCUCUGGACGACAGUAGAUUCCUGGAGAGGCGCAGCUCGCUGUACCAGCCCAGGUCGUCUGACCUGCUGGAGCAGCAGAAACACUACAACUCUCCCCGGGUCCUGCUGAGUGAGCGGGCUCCCCUGCAGCCUCCUCCGCUCUACUCUAUAGAUGACUAUGUGGGCAGCUCUGACAGAACCAACAAGACCCGCAGGAAGAGAUACGCAGAACACAAGAGUUACCGCGGGGAGUACUCUGUCUGUGACAGCCAAUCACAGUGGGUGACAGACAAGACGAAUGCGGUGGACAUCAGGGGUCGUCAGGUCACCGUCCUGGAUCAGAUAAAGAUGGGAACCGCCGAAAGCAACUUUGUUAAGCAGUACUUCUAUGAGACCAAGUGUCGGACUGCCAAACCUUUUAAGAGCGGCUGUCGUGGCAUCGAUGACAAACACUGGAACUCGCAGUGUAAGACCUCUCAGACGUACGUCAGAGCUCUGACGCAGGACCGGACCUCUGUGGGCUGGCGCUGGAUACGGAUAGACACUUCCUGUGUCUGUGCGUUGUCACGGAAACACCGCAGGACGUAAACACACAACUCGACCAUAGACAUUAUGGAAUAUAUUUCCUUAUUAUGAAGGGGGGGCUGUACAUAUAAAUUAUUAUUUAAGUUAUGUGAAAUACAUGUAGUUUCUACAUGGCUAUAUAUGAUAUAUAAAUAUAUUUGUUAUUUAUUGAAGUCAUCAUCAAAGGAAAAAAAUAAAAAAUAAAUAAACCAAGAACUCCUAACAUGCGGCUCCACAGCCACCACACAGCCUAGCAUCUUCAGACUCAGACCAUGGAGCUGGACAGUACAGCCUAGCAUGGAGAGACUCUACCAUGGGGCUGGACAGUACAGCCUAGCAUGGAGAGACUUUACCAUUGGGCUGGACAGUACAGCCUAGCAUGGAGAGACUCUACAAUGGGGCUGGACAGUACAGCCUAGCAUGGAGAGACUUUACCAUUGGGCUGGACAGUACAGCCUAGCAUGGAGAGACUCUACCAUUGGGCUGGACAGUACAGCCUAGCAUGGAGAGACUCUACCAUUGGGCUGGACAGUACGGCCUUGUAUGGAGACACUCUACCAUUGGGCUGGACAGUACGGCCUUGUAUGGAGAGACUCUACCAUUGGGCUGGACAGUACAGCCUAUUGUGGAGAGACUCUACCAUUGGGCUGGACAGUACAUUCUAGCAUGGAGAGACUCUACCAUUGGGCUGGACAGUACAGCCUUGCAUGGAGAGACUCUACCAUUGGGCAGGACAGUACAGCCUAGCAUGGAGAGACUCUACCAUUGGGCAGGACAGUACAGCCUAGCAUGGAGAGACUCUACCAUUGGGCUGGACAGUACAGCCUAGUAUGAAGAGACGACGUGCCUUGUUGAUAUACCUAGGGCAGCAGAUGAAAAAGAAGAUAUGACAUCACCAGGUGUGGAGUAGGGGAUCUACACUGUCAUUCAGCUCAUUCUAUGACAUCACUGCUCUGACUGUUGAAAACAGAAAUCUGGUCCAAAUGUUAUUGUGGACUAAAUAUGUACUGUCUGGAUGUAUGGACAAACCACGAACAUGUACGGGUAUACGGCAGACGUGCUGACAGAUGACAGACGUGCUGACAGACGUGCUGACAUACGACAGACGAUCUGACAUACAACAGACGUGCUGACAGACGUGCUGACAGACGACAGACGUGCUGACAGACGUGCUGACAGACGACAGACGUGCUGACAGACGUGCUGACAUACGACAGACGAUCUGACAUACAACAGACGUGCUGACAGACGUGCUGACAGACGUGCUGACAUACAACAGACGUGCUGACAUACAACAGACGUGCUGACAGACGU